AUGCAUAUGACAAAGGUCACCGCCAUUCUUGCCUUCGCCGCAAGCCUUGCCGCCGCCGCCCCGGGCGCUAAGCUCGCCGCUCCGGAGAAGCGUCAGACCACAGAGUUUGGACCCUAUCCCGAAGAUAACUAUCAGGGCAAGGAGAACGACAAGCGUCAGACUACGGAAUUCGGACCUUAUCCGGAAGACAAGUACAACAGCAAGCGUCAGACGACCGAGUUCGGUCCUUACCCUGAGGAUAGCUACCAGGGCAAGGAGAACGGCAAGCGUCAGACGACCGAAUUCGGUCCCUACCCCGAGGAUAGCUAUCAGGGAAAAGCUAGCCAAAGACGCCAGACGACCGAAUUUGGUCCUUACCCCGAGGACAAGUACGAGGGCAAGACGAGGCGUCAGACCACAGAGUUUGGCCCGUACCCAGAGGACAGCUACCAAGGCAAGAGCGCGAAGCGUCAGACCACCGAGUUUGGGCCCUAUCCCGAGGACAAGUAUGAGAGCAGCAGCAGCAUCAAGGAAAAGCGUCAAACCACAGAGUUCGGCCCUUACCCGGAGGACAAGUACGAGAGC